ACAAUGGGUUGGGAUGCUUCUGUGCUUGGAAGAUGGUGAGUUGGAAGAAGGUGAACUGGAGGAUGAUGGGGCAGAGGAGACCCAGGACACCCCUGGAGGCCCUGAGAGGAGCCGGAAAGAAAAAGGGGAGAAGCACCACAGCGAUUCUGACGAGGAAAAGUCUCACAGGAGGCUGAAACGGAAGCGGAAGAAAGAGCGGGAGAAAGAGAAGAGAAGAUCGAAAAAGAGGAGGAAAUCUAAGCACAAGCGCCACGCAUCUUCCAGCGAUGAUUUCUCCGACUUCUCUGAUGACUCAGAUUUCAGCCCCAGCGAGAAGGGGCACCGCAAGUACAGAGAGUACAGCCCCCCGUACGUGCCGUCCCACCAGCAGUACCCCCCGUCACACAGCACGUCCCUGCCCAAGAAGUCCUACUCUAAGAUGGACAGCAAAGGCUACGGCAUGUACGACGACUACGAUAACGAGCAGUACGGGGAGUAUGAGGGCGACGAGGACGAGGAUAUGGGCAAGGAGGACUACGACGACUUCACCAAAGAGCUGAACCAGUACCGGCGCGCCAAGGAGGGCAGCAGUCGGGGCCGAGGCGUUCACUUUCUGAAUCACCGUGCAGGCAGUCGAGGCCGUGGCAGGGGCUACCGGGGCCGAGGAAGCCGUGGAGGGUCUCGGGGCCGAGGCAUGGGCCGGGGCGGCCGAGGCAGGGGCAGAGGCUCCAUGGGAGACCACCCAGAAGAUGAAGAUGACUUUUAUGAAGAUGAGAUGGAUUAUGGAGAAAGUGAGGAACCAAUGGGAGACGAGGAUUAUGACGACUAUUCCAAGGAGCUAAACCAGUACCGCCGGUCCAAGGAUAGCCGAGGACGAGGGUUAAAUCGAGGCCGUGGCCGGGGUUCCCGAGGCCGAGGCAAAGGGAUGGGCCGCGGCCGAGGUCGAGGUGGCAGCCGAGGAGGGAUGAACAAGGGUGGGAUGAACGAUGAUGAAGACUUCUAUGAUGAUGACAUGGGCGAUGGCGGUGGAAGCUACCGGAGCCGUGACCAUGACAAGCCCCAUCAACAGUCUGACAAGAAAGGCAAAGUCAUCUGCAAAUACUUCGUGGAGGGGCGGUGCACAUGGGGAGACCACUGUAACUUCAGCCAUGACAUCGAGCUACCAAAGAAGCGAGAACUGUGCAAGUUUUACAUCACCGGGUUUUGUGCCAAAGCCGAGAACUGCCCCUACAUGCACGGCGAUUUUCCGUGUAAGUUAUACCACACGACUGGGAACUGCAUCAAUGGUGACGACUGCAUGUUUUCCCACGAUCCCCUGACCGAGGAGACGAGAGAGCUCUUGGAUAAGGUAAGGUCUGGGGGGUCGGCCGCCACAGCUGACAGGAACCAGGAGCUAUGCCUUCUGUGGACUUGGCUCUGCAGCCGCCCGCUGGCCUCU